UGGGUGGGGGAGAGAGGAGCCGCCGCCACUGGCACCGCGUCCAGCAGCCAAGCUCGCUUUUGCGCACAAGGCGAGGGGAGCGCACGGCGCGGAGGCGGCUCCUGGUACAUCUGCCCGCCAUGAGUUCCUCGCCGCUGCUGGGCGACGGCGAGCCGCCGGUUGCGUUGUUGGGUGACAUCAAGACCGAGCCCCCCGAGGAGCUACUGGCCGAGCCAGUGGAUUUGUCUGUCCACAAGACCAAGGCACCACCGGUGCCCCAGAUCCCUCUCUCCUGCUUCCGGUCUGCUGCGCCACCCGCCGCAUCACCGGCAGCCGCGGCACUGGGCUCCGCGUCCUCGGCCAUCCCAGCCGUCCUCUCUCCGGGCUCUAUCCUGGCCUCCAGCCAGGGCAGCGGCGGGCAGCAGAUCCUGCACGUGAUCCACACAAUACCCUCAUUCCAGCUGCCCGGCAAGAUGGGCAAACUCCAGACCAUCCCACUGGUGGUCCAGUCACUGCCAGUCGUCUACGCUGCUGUGCCGGCUGACGGGGUGGCAGCAGCCGCCGUGACAGUGCCCCUCAUCGGUGGUGACGGGAAGGACGCCGGUUCCGUGAAAGUGGACCCCGGUUCCAUUUGCCCGCUUGGCAUCAGCAGCGAGAGCGACGACAGCGCUUCAGAGAGCCGCCCGGCCUCCUUCCCCGAGCUCCAGAGAGAGCCUUCCUCCAUGAGCCAGAUGCAGCAGACUGACUUGCCGGACCUCAAGAAGAGGCGCAUUCACCAGUGCGACUUUGAGGGUUGUAGCAAAGUUUACACUAAGAGCUCACACUUAAAAGCGCACAGAAGGAUACACACAGGAGAGAAGCCGUAUAAGUGUACUUGGGAGGGCUGUACCUGGAAAUUUGCCCGUUCGGACGAAUUGACCCGGCAUUUCCGGAAACACACGGGCAUCAAGCCCUUCCGUUGCUCGGACUGCGACCGGAGCUUCUCGCGCUCGGACCACCUGGCCCUCCAUCGCCGUAGACACAUCAUGAUGUGAGAUUGGGGAACCGGAGGUUACCUUCGGACGCCCCCCCCCCAAAAAAAACCCAGGGGUCAAAGGAGAAACUUUGGCGGAGCAAAGAACUGUGACGGCAAGUUCAAGACCCAAGCCUAGAUGAGUGGACACUCUUGGACCUUUACCGAAAGGUUCAGCCUUGUUGGCAUACUCCGAAUAGGGACAAUUGGAGGAAGGUUUCCUUUUGGGGAUAAGAAGAAUAACCUCAAUCAACGGGUGCCAUUUCCCCUUUGGCAGAAGGGGUCGAGCCAAACCCGAACCCGGUUCGACCGAUGGGGAUCGUUUCCCCUUUGGCGGACUGGGGAGUGGGUCUGGGGGCAGCAGAUCAGGGUCUCCCUUGUAUGGAUCAAUAUAUGAGAUUUUGGACAUGAACGUCAUCCCCGGGUUCUGAGUGCGAGUGGUGCUUUCCCAUAGAAAGGGAUUGAUCGAGAGCCAUUUGAUGUGGAUUUUCCUCUCGAACGAGAGCGUUGAUCGUCGAUGGACCGUGCGAUGAAAUAAAUAAGAAAGGGCAGGGGUACUUUGUGUCUCAAACUUCAGUCCAAAGCGUUCCAAGUGCGAGGCACGGUUUCUCAUAGAAAGGAAUGCAAACUGGAUUAAUCCAGACUUUUAAAAACAUCAAUUUAACAUGAAUUU